AUGAACAUCUACACGAAUUGCAAAUAAAAUGUGCCUGAAAUUUAGACAAUUGACCAGAAUAAUCAUCAAACUUUAGUAGAGUUAGGAUUUUAGGAAAAAUCCCCAUCAAUAGAAUAAGACUUAUAAGGACGAGGCUAUGGCCACUGGACAACCUAAGAACAUUUAUAAUAUCUAGACUUUAUUAAGAGUCAUGAAAAUACCUUAAUAUCGAAGUAUGAAAAAAAAUCUAAAAAAAUAUUCAAACUCAUGAGUGAAUUCAUACCCACAAGAACUCCCACUUAGUGUAGAUCACACCAUUAGAAGUUUAAUCCUUUAAUCAAAGGGAAAAAGAAUUUUAAAUCACCUUUUGGAUAUACUACAUACAAUUGA